AUGGCGGAGGGCAGUGGACUGGAAGACACCGCUCAUCAGUAUGUUUUGGAAUGGAAGGAGCGAAGCGACGAGCUUUGCCAGGAACAGAAGGAAGGAGCAGCCUUACGGUCAACGGGUGAAUUCCCUGUGUCCAGGCUCUCAGCAGGCCUCAAAUAA